AUGAGCGGAGGAGCGCGAGUUUGCAGCGGCUACUCCAACGUGAGAGAGGAGCUGGUGGCAAGGUUCAAGUGUCCGAGGAAGACGGACGGCGUGGACGAGGUUUACUGCUGCGGUUUCUCCGAUCUCAAGUAUUGCUGCAAUGAGGCUGGCAACUAUUUCCCCUACCCGCACGGCUACAUGUGGUCGCUGAGUAUAGGUGCAAUGGUGGGAUUAGGAGUUGCUGCCCUACUUCUACUGAUAUUUAUCUUUAGUGCUUUUGUGAUGUGCUGCUUAUAUUUCUACAAUAAACCCCAAGGAUUAGAUUCAGGCCUCAAGCUUCAAAGCCUCGCAACAUCUCCAUUGCAAGAGGGUAAGUCUAAUUCAUAA